AUGCCAGCAGAAGGUUCUCGCGAAAUAUUCAUGGGGUUUGCUGAAGAAGAACAUUUGAGGGAGCUCCCUAGACAGACUGCAUUAAUGGGUCGACGUAGUAGGUCGAAAUCUCCUUUUGGGCCAGGAAGACGACGGGAUAAAGAAAGGGAUAGAGAACGGGAACGAGACAAGGAACGACACAGAAGGAAAAGGUCUAGAGAUAGAUCGCGAGAAAGGGAUAGGGAAAGGAGACGUCAUUCCCAUGAAAGACGACGUCUGUCACGUUCAAGGAGCAGAUCCCGUUCGCGUUCCCUUGGGAGGAAAAGCGGGCUUCUUGCCGACCGACCCACAGUAACUGCAGCUGAUCUGGAAGGAAAAACUGAGGACCAACAGGACAUGAUGAGACUGAUGGGUUUCUGUUCUUUCGAUACAACGAAAGGUAAAAAAGUUGAAGGGAAUGAUGCAGGUACAGUACAUGUGAUUCUCAAAAGAAAGUACAGACAAUACAUGAACCGAAAGGGAGGUUUUAACAGACCGUUGGACUUCGUAGCUUAA